AUAAUCAUGUCGCUAACAUUGUUCACUUUUCUAGUACUCUUUGGUUUAGCAUUUCUAGGUCAGCAUCAGGCAGGUGCUGACUGUGGUGCUGAUCUCUGGAAGGAUGAUACGGAUGUGGAUGAAGGAUCUUGCAGUCGUCCCCAGAUAACUAAAACUGAAGACGAUCCCUCAGAACCUAUUGAAGAAGAUCCAUUUGUAAAGGCAUCAACUAUUCCAAAAUCGAAAGUUAGCAAGCCAAACACGGAAGUUCAGGAACCCUUUCUCCAAACCAUAAUUAAAGUUUUCAAGUUUCUAUGGCAGAUGCUGAGUAUUUGGAUAAAUUUCAACCAAUAAAUGAGAUAAGGCACUUCUGUUAACAG